ACAGGGAUUACGGAGGCACCGUGGGGCUAUCAGUGACCGUGAAAGACUUAACAAAGAUCCGAGUCUGAGAUGGGAGUCGCUAAUCAUACACUGACGAUAUCCAGUCCUUAGGCAAGGCCUUUAUGAAUGAGAAGCACGAAGGAAGCGUGUACUGAAAACACUUGAUCUUCACUCUCCUGUGAAAGAUACCACAGACACAACAGGAGGUUUUACAGUCAAAUGAGGCAAAAACGUCCAUUUAUGUCCGAAAACAAAGUAUAGCGUCUAGCAGAGUACAUCGCCCAAUCAGAACUGUCAAGCACGUUGGUGGCAGGGCUGUGUUUUGAGGAUAGUUGUGAUCAGCAGAGACUCCUGGAAACAUGCCAGGAUUCAGGAAGGAAGGUGCAAAGUAAAGACUCUGCAUGGCCUGCGCGUAGCUGCCCUGAUUUGAGCCCGUGUCCUGAGGCUGGGGCAGUGGCCCUCGGCUUGCGAUGAAGGUCACUCACCAGAAGAACUCGGUGCGGAUCCUGUCCGGCCGGGAGCGUGGCGCCCAGGGCUUCGGCUCGCAGCGCCUGCUGCAGCAGCUGGUGGAGGAGAAGGCGCGCUGCAUGAAAUGGCAGAGCCAGAAAGUGGAGCUGCCGGACAGCCCUCGUUCAACGUUCCUGCUUGCUUUCAGUCCUGACAGGACGUUAAUGGCUUCCACCCAUGUGAAUCACAACAUUUACAUCACGGAGGUGAAGACGGGCAAGUGUAUCCACUCGCUGGUGGGCCACCGGCGUACCCCCUGGUGCGUGACCUUUCACCCCACCAUCUCAGGGCUUGUGGCAUCAGGCUGUCUGGACGGAGAAGUCCGCAUCUGGGACCUGCAUGGUGGCAGUGAGAACUGGUUCACAGAGAGCAACGCAGCUAUAGCUUCCCUGGCCUUCCACCCCACUGCCCAGCUCCUGCUCAUCGCCACCAAUAACGAGAUCCACUUCUGGGACUGGAGCCGGAGGGAGCCCUUCGCUGUGGUGAAGACCGCCAGCGAGAUGGAGCGAGUCAGACUGGUGAGGUUUGAUCCAUUGGGCCACAACCUUUUGACAGCCAUUGUUAACCCUUCAAACCAGCAGAAUGAUGACGACUCGGAGAUCCCCAUGGACAGCGUGGAGAUGCCACACUUCAGACAGCGCUCCCUUCUGCAGUCCCAGCCUGUGCGUCGCACCCCGCUUCUCCACAACUUCCUGCACAUGCUCUCCUCGCGCAGUUCAGGCACGCAAGCCGGGGAGCAGCCCCCCACCGAGGAGAGCGCCGUGCCCCCCAGCCUGCCUUCCGGGCGGUACACCUCCCUGAGGGACCGGCCGGCCUACCAGGGCUGCGUCCAGCACCUGGGGAUGGUGUGCUUCUGCAGCCGCUGCUCGGUGGCGCGCAACCCCCCGUCCUCCCCUCUCCCGGGCGAGGACGCCGCCGGCUCCCAGGCAGCCGGCUCGGAGGCGGCCCCCCACGCUUCCACCUUCACCUCCGCCCGCACCGAGCCCCGGCUCCCCAGCGAGCAGAGGGGCAGCGAGCGGCCCUCCGCCUUCAGCAGCGUGCACAGCAGCACGGCGGGGAACACACUGAGGAACCUGUGGCCAGGCCCCGGGCGCAGGGGCCUGCUCGGCCUCAUGGCCAAUCAACCCUUAGGGCACCAGCAAAUGACCCGGGACCCCUCUUGGCGUCUGGCGGGAACUUUUUGGAACACCCAGAGUGAAACGGGGGAUCCUGGGAGCAGCGGCGGUGGGGGGAUGCCCCCACCUCGGACUAGCGCUUCCUCCGUCAGCCUGCUGUCGGUGCUCAGGCAGCAGGAGGGCGGCUCUCCGUCCCCCGUCUACACGUCCGCCACCGAGGGCCGGGGCUUCCACGUGCCGGCGGAUGGCGGAGGUGGCGGCAGCGGCAGCGGCAGCACUACCGCCGCCGCCGCCAACAACAACAACAACGGCUGCACCGUCAGCACGAGCAGCGGCCACCACCCCCUGGACGAGGCGAGCCAGAGCAGCCCGGCCUCCAUCCGCAACGUCCUCCAGUGUAACCUGAGCCGCUACUUCAUGGAGUACGACCGCAUGCAGGACAUGGAGCAGGCCAUGAGCGGUGAGGGCACCCAGCCGCAGCCCACCGAGGAGCUGCUCAACAACAACAUCGACUCCGACCGGCCCGGGCCCUCCCAUUACCAGCCCCCCCACAGCAGCGAGAACAGCUCCAACCUCUUCCGUGGCCACCUCAACCGGUGUAGGGCUUGCCAUAACCUGCUGACCUUCAACCAUGACACCCAGCGCUGGGAAAGGACAGGCCAGACCUCCUCCACCACGAGCGAGGAGGGCACUUCCUGGCAAGCUCCUAACCCGGCUUUUGAAGGCACGGGCGGUGGGACGCGGGAGCCCCAGCCGCCGGAGAGGAGAGGGGGGGCCCCGGGGGCUGUGGAGCCCGGCAGCGGGACAUCCAGCAGCGAGAGCGGUUUCCACAGGCCAAGCCCUGCCACCCCGCAAGGGGAGCAGACAGUGGGCCUGGUCUAUAACCAGGAGACCGGGCAGUGGGAGAGAGUUUAUGGGCAGGGAGCUGCAAGCCGGCCAGGGAAUGUACCACAAGAGGCCUUAAACCAAGAAAUGCCUGAAGAGAAUUCAGAUGAAGAUUCUCUCCGAAGGAGGCUGUUGGAGUCCUCUCUUAUCUCCCUUUCUCGAUAUGACAUAUCAGGGUCUCGAGAUCAUCCCAUUUACCCAGAUCCCGCCAGGUUGUCCCCUGCUGCCUACUAUGCCCAGAGGAUGAUCCAGUAUCUGUCCCGCCGGGACAGUAUCCGCCAGCGCUCCCUGCGCUACCAGCAGAACCGGCUGCGGCCCUCCUCCGACGGCCCGGCCAGCAACCCCUCCCAGUCCAUGGAGAACAACGAGGUGGAAUUCGAGGAGUUUGAGGAUAAUGGCGACAGAGCCAGGCACCGAACACCACGCAAUGCUCGAAUGUCUGCUCCAUCUCUGGGGCGCUUUGUUCCUAGGCGUUUCCUGUUACCAGAGUAUCUACCGUAUGCUGGGAUUUUUCAUGAGAGAGGCCAGCCAGGCUUGGCCACUCACUCUUCCGUUAAUAGAGUCCUAGCAGGUGCUGUUAUUGGAGAUGGACAAUCAGCAGUCGCCAGCAACAUAGCAAAUACAACCUACAGGCUGCAGUGGUGGGAUUUCACCAAGUUUGACCUUCCUGAGAUCAGUAACGCCACCAUCAACGUUUUGGUUCCGAACUGCAAGAUCUACAAUGAUGCCAGUUGUGAUAUCUCUGCUGACGGGCAGCUUCUGGCAGUGUUCAUUCCCAGCAGCCAGCGAGGUUUUCCAGAUGAAGGCAUCCUAGCAGUGUACUCUCUGGCACCGCACAACCUGGGAGAGAUGCUCUACACCAAGAGAUUCGGUCCCAAUGCCAUCUCAGUGAGCCUGUCCCCUAUGGGUCGCUACGUGAUGGUGGGCCUGGCCUCCAGGAGGAUCCUCCUGCACCCCACCACCGACCACAUGGUAGCCCAGGUCUUCCGACUACAGCAGCCACAUGGUGGGGAGACGUCCAUGAGGAGGGUGUUCAAUGUUGUUUACCCAAUGGCUCCAGACCAGAGGAGGCACGUCAGUAUCAAUUCUGCGAGAUGGCUGCCAGAGCCGGGCUUGGGGCUGGCCUAUGGAACUAACAAAGGAGAUCUGGUCAUUUGCAGGCCUGUGGAUUCCCGGUCGGAAUCUGAUGCACAGUCGGAUCAUGUCAACGAGCCCAUCUUCGCCAUUAACAACAACAGUGGCAGCCGCAACACCGAGAGGGCUGGGACAAGCAGGGCGACCUGGAGGUCAGACAGGGAUUUGGGCCUGAUGAAUGCGAUCGGUUUGCAGCCACGUCAUCCUGCCCCUUCUGUGACAUCCCAAGGUACUCAGACACCCAUCCUACAGCUGCAGAACGCAGAGACGCAGACUGACCGUGACCUGCAGGAGACCGGCACAUCACGGGCUACCAAUGCUGUGCCUGGCCCACUGGAGGAUCCCGGCCCUGGAACCAGUACAGAGGGGAGCUUUGAGACGCCCUCCGACAGCCUGCACCCAGAGGGCGGCAUCGCGGACGCGUCGGCAGAAGCAAGCACCAGUGCCGGAGAGGGCUCGGAAUAUGGCACCAGCGAGGACGCGCUUUCCCGGAUUCGCCGACUCAUCGCGGAGGGGGGCAUGACAGCCGUGGUGCAGCGUGAGCAGAGCACCACCAUGGCGUCCAUGGGCGGCUUUGGGAACAACAUCAUCGUCAGCCACCGGAUCCACCGCGGCUCCCAGACCGGCGCCGACUCAUCCGGGGCCAGAGGGCACCGAGCGGCCCGGGAAUGUUUCUCCCCCGGCCCCUCCACUUCCUCCUCCUCCUCCUCCUUCUCUCUCAGUGAACCAGGUCCCAGCCGCUGCCGCAUCCUGGCCCACACUGUGCAAUUAACUCACGCGCCCGCCAGCCCCACGGACCCCGCGCGGAGCCCCGGGGCGGCCACCCCUUCCCCGCAGUUUUCAACCAUCUUCUCCUCCGGCGGAGCGGGCACCUCCAGGGUGCCAGCCGCGGCUCCCAUGGACACCGACGACGUCUUUGAGAGCGGCAACGCUGACGACGGGGACGUCCGCACUUCCUCCUCCUCCUCCUCCUCUUCUCCAGCUAACAAUAACAGCAGCUUCCCGGGAGAUCCUUACAGCCGAUAAGGAUUGUGCUCUACCAUGCCAGUGCUUUAUUUCACUAGAACAAGGGGAUAGGUGGGUUACCAGCAGACUGGCACUUGAAGGCUGUCCGGAUGACUGUUGCUGCAUGGAGAUUGUCUGCCUGGAGUCUGUACGUGAUGCUAAGGAAUAUUUGUUUGCUCUGAUCUGUUGCUGUAGGUCCUCAAUAAGCCUUCAGUCUUUAAAUCUGCAGUCAAAAGGUGCUGAUUUCCAAGGGGCCCCUAUCAGAAGGAGCAAAGCUCCACAGUCUAUGUUAAACAACAUUUCCCAGUCAAGCACUAGGGUAUUUGUAUAGUUCCUCUUGUGGAGUGAUUAUACUUACAUUGCUCUUAAUGUCGCCCAUGUGAUGAUAACCUAAUACCACGAUCAUUCCAUGUUGAAAGUUGUACUUGAAUUAUUUUAUCAUCAGGGCACCAAUACUGGCUUUCCUUUUUUUAUCGGCUUAGGAAAUGGCAACUAUAUCUAGAGUGCCACGUCAUGAUCACACCUAAGGUGUUCUUGAAAUACCAAGGCGAUUACAAGAAGUUUGAUUUGUACGGUUGUUGGUGCCACUUGAUGUAAAGUGUGAACUCUUCCUUUUUUUUUUUAAUUCACCGUAACAGUGCCAGCCCCUCAGCUGUGUGGUCAGGUUGUUUUGAGCUGUAAAAGCCUGCUGUAUGUGGAAAGCUCUCUCUUUGAAUUGUGUACCGUCAGUCUGUAAGAAAACGAAAAUACUAAUGCACUGUUCCGUCUUUGAAGGCAGUUAUGUUUCACCCCAGCUUCUCAAGGAAGAUGUGGAGGGAGCACCUGAGUUUCUCUCAGGUACUUAUGAUUUGAUUACCAUGUUUAGAAAGGAAGAACUACAACUCCCCAAGUUUAAAGUUCAUUGUGAACUUAGGGGAGUAAAGUAAAACAACAUGACCACAUUCAUUCAAGCAUACAUUUCUGUUGUCAAACAAGAUUUUGAUUUUCUGUUUUGAAGAAUAUAUACCGACGUAAUAGUAUGCUUAAAGCAUAGUUGGGUAUUGUUAUAUUAAAUGAUCACCAAGGAAACACAAAUUGUUUACUACUGUGCUGUUGCCAGAACUCUGGGAAUGUGGAAAAGCACAAAUGUGCUCUUGUCAUCAGGCACUUAUUCCUUUUUUUAAGAUAGAAAACCAUCAUUCCUGUCCUGUUGCACUAGUAUCUACCAGUCAGCCUGUCUGAAAGGUGGUUGUUAAGAUCUCUUAACCCCUGUGACGUACUGUAAAAUCCAGUUGUGUAAUAUUGCAAACACCAACUACUUGUUUUUUGGAUACUUGAGAUGAAAACAUAGGUUGUCUGUGCUUAUUACCACUAGAAAUGGAGAAACUUGAUGAUCAACAGCCCAUGACUUGAUUGCAGGAAGAAGCAAGGACUCUGGCACACUGGGGGGCAGGUUUACAGAGCAAGCGUGAGGGCUAAUAAGGGCAGCGCCAAGAAACAAAAUGAAGAAGAACGUCUAUCUGCAGAAACAGACAAAAAGAAUUGCAUCAUUUUCUAGCUGAGAGCGACUGAUCUUGCAGAGCCUAAUAAGGAUAAGGGCUUUAAACUAAAUGUGACAAAUGCAUCAAUUUACUGAAGAGCAGAACUGAAAAUGAAUAUGCCCCUGCUGAUUUUAUUUUUUUUAACUUGAGUUUUUUUUAGAUUCUCUGACGGUUUUUUUGCUGUCCUGUUUUGCACUCCUUAGCCCUUAGAGUACUGAUGAAACAGGAGUUGUAGAGUGCAGUCCCAUGGUCACUGGACAUAAACCCCUUUUGCUCAGUGUGGUUGCCUGAAAGGGGCUGCUCGGUUCCUUCCUGUGCCCCUUGCACAUUAAGGUUUCAGCCCAGGUGGGUUGUGUAUCCAGUGCCCAAACUGCUGUGAUUUGCCUACCUCAGCCUGCCAGCAGCAGCAACACACUUGAAUUCUCCCUUUCAUUAAUUUCCAGAACAAGAACGAGAGAAUGGUUAGACUCAAUGUCCAUAGGUGGACAUUGUGCAGUUUCAAGACAAGUCCAUUUUUCAGACACAAUGCAGCGUCUGGUAAUAUUAAGCUCACCAAGAUGAGUAGUAUUUUUAAUGACUUUUUUAAAGUUUGCUUGAUUUUUUUAAUGCUAUUUAUUAUAUAACACCAGUGGCCAUAUUCUAAAAUUUGUCUUUGCUCUGUGCUACACAGUACCGGUCUUUUUAAGUAUGAGAUCAAACAAUUUCUCUAAAAAGUGGCUUUUUAGCCUAAACACUUUAAGGCUUCUGCAGACAUCACUGAAGUACAGUAGCUGUUUAACAGCAUGGUUGAAGACAGGAGAUAGGCUCAGCUAAUGGAGUCUCAAGGUCUACCGCGGGAAGAGAGAGUGAUAAUUUAAGAACUGACAUCCCGUCCGGGGUGUACCCUGCCUUGAGCCUGUUGCUUGCUGGGACAGGCUCCAGCUCCCUCGCGACCCUAAAUCGGAAGAUGUGGUUAGAAAAUGGACGGGUGUUCUGAUGUUCUCCUAGCCUUACUUAAUUGCUGAGGGGUGUGGAACCACUCUGUCUAUUGGUUAAAGCAGUGGAGUUAGUCUGGGUGUUGUUGUUUUUUUUUUAACGCUGUCUCUUCUCCGACCCUCUUGUUGCGUUCCCCCAGUUUCCGUCUAACAUGUGGGUUCUGCUUGUGUGAAUGAGAACACACGCACAAAGUCAGUGUGUCUGCAUUGUCUGAUUUACAGGCCAUCGCCAGUCUUUUGCGUUUUGUUCUUUAUUACCAUACUUGCAAGAUCUUUCCUAUUGUUUGUUUAGCAAUAUGUUAGAGACUAUAACAUCAAGAAUGUACCAACUCAAACUGUUAUGCAGUAAGGGAAGAAUUAAUUCUUAUUUGGGCUGUUGACCAAAAAUCAGAGCAAAACUCCUCUACUGUAGAAGAACUUGAAUAGGAUUUAUAAAUACCAGCAUUAAGGGUAUAUUUAUUUCCUAUAUUUCUGUAUCAGGGGUAUCACCUUGGAUAACAAGGACUCUCAGUACGGGCAUCUCAAAGCAUAAUCCUGCAAUGCACAACAGAAUCUAAACGAAAGACUUGCAAAUUAUGCUGAUCAUCUUAAUGCAUGAACACCCAUUGAUUUAGCAUUUAUUUGGGCUUCUCAAAAGCACUUCUAAAACUGUGUUGUAGGGCAAUGAAAAGUAGUACAAAUACAGAUGGGAUAAUGGAAAAAUGGGACAUGAUUGUGGACACUGAAUAGUAAUGUGCAGCAGUACAUCAUGUCCUUCCAUCACAUUGAAAUGUCUGUGCGUGGCAAAUGUGUUUCCCAACAGUCCCAUUGGUGUGGUACCCAAUUUAGUUACCCACCUACAGCUUUAAAAAUACAGUUUGACUAGGCUGUCUGUGUCCAGUAUAUAUGGAUGUAGCCACAUGUCCAUCUACACUGUGACCUUCAAAUCUGGCCUGGUUUGAUACCCCUGGCCUGUAUCCUCAAUGGUGCCUGAAUUUCAGAAUCCGCUUCACAGAAACAAAGGUGUACACUGAGGAGGUUCAACAUUUAUAUAGUCUUCGUACGUCUGCUCACACCAUAACUUUUAUUUUGUGCCUUGAAGAUUAUAAAGACGUGACUAUCCUGCUGUAGAAGAACAUUGGUUUAGGCUCCUGCUAUAUAUAGUGCUGGUAUAUCUGCAAAGUGAUUGUUGGCAAAGCCUUCGUGAAAGCUGAAUGUAUCUGUUUUACAUGACAUAGUCAGGCCUUGGUCCACUUUAUUGGUUGGAAAUUAGCAGUGAACAAUAUGUACACCUGGAUUGCAGUUUAGGUUUUUUGUAUGUUGAGGAGUUUUUCAUACUGUAAUUAUUCUGCCUAAAUAACAGACAAGUGUAAUACUUUAAAAACAUAUGAAUUGAAUGUUUUGAUAUGUUGAAUACUUUUUGAUCAUGUUGUGGAUGAGGUUUAAAUAAGCUAAAGAUAUCAAGGGACGUAGUGCACAUUUUCUCUGAAACCAUUGUGAAUUGAAUAAUGCAGCCAUGCCAACAGGUUACAGAAACUACUUGAAGAUUUGUGAUGCUAACUGAAACUGCGUUUCUCUAGUUUUGACAAGACUGGCAGCUUACUUACUUCUGUAUUUAAAAAAUGUUUUCUGAAAAUCACAGUUAAAGGUCACUGCUAAUUUCAAAUCUUUCAUUUUUGCUUAAAUUUAGGCUUGAAAGAAAUAUGUUCCUAAAGCAAUUAGCAUGAAUCUGAAGAUCAUUUUUAGAUUUUUAACUUUUCCACUGGUAUGCAGAUCAUCAGAAAACAUGCUGGUAGCAUGGGGAAUUAUUCUGAAAGGAUCAUUGUAUCUAAAAAUUUUAGUCCACUAUUACAGGGAUCUUAUAACUUUAGGAAGGCACUUCAGAUAGUUUCUAAAAGCAGAAAGGCCAAUACAUUAAUGCAAAGAGACAGCAUAGUGGGUGUUUAUAAAAAAGAAAAUAUUUUCAUUUAACACUCCAUCAUCAAUUUUCCCAUCCACAAUAAUAGUUGUUUUUUGUCCUAGCCCUUCUAUAGACUUAACACGUUUUUCUGAUAAAAAUCAGAAAAUUCAAGUACCACUCCAACAGCCAGCUUCUUGUGAUCUAUGCCAAUUACGUUUACAAAUGAGCACCCACGAGUCUAGGCUCUUCUUGGUGUUUAGUUUCACGUGGUUAAAACUUUGAUUAACAGCGGAUUUACUGUUGCAGUUUCGUUAUCAAAUGCUUCAGAUUGUCUUGGCCUUCCUAGCCUGAACUAGGCUUCAUGUCAGAAUCACGUUCCCCUGCAGAAGAUGCCUCUGUGUUUGAAUACCAACUCAUGUUUACAGCUAGCUAUUGCAAGAGACCUUACUGGACAAGAGGCAGAACAGAUUACAGAUCACACUACCCUGUGUCAAGGCUUUCUUUAAAAAUAAAACACUUCUCCAUUUCACUUUGUUUCCGAAUAUCCAUCUCCACCUUGGGAUGCACCUGGAAUCCUUCCUUUGGAUUUCUUGCAGGCUUGGACGUGUCUUGCCUUUUUUUCCCCCUUAUUCGUCCUCAUUUGCUCACUCACCAAUUAUGUUUUUUUUUUUAAAUGCCUUGAAUUUUUUUUUUGCCCAGUUCGUAUUGCAUAACUGAGCCUGCAUUUUGAGCAGAAUAACUGUUUGGGUAAUUUGCGAGCAUUAUCAUUUAAUAUCAUUAUCCAGAGGAGUUAAAAGAGCUUCUAGUCAGUGCUGAAUGGUUGUUUUGAUGUCCUGGCUGGCCAGUCUGUAAAGCUGAAGCAUUCUGGACACUUUAAUGGAAGGCCUGGAAUCAUUUCUCACUGUCAACUAGAUUUGCAGUUUAUGUUAUUACAGGUUAAUCUUUGCAUCAGUAUAUUGUGGAAUAUAACUACAGAUACUUUAUUAGAAUUAGUUUACUGGCUUCUCCGAUAUGCAUCAAUACAGUCUUCAUAUCUUCUGACGACAUAAAACAUAUACAGUUCAUUUUCGGUUAUGCUGUGAAUCCUGUCAUUUGGCAUAGGAUGUGCGAGUUUAAUUUUUUUAUUUAUUUUUUAAAUAUAUAUAUGUAAUUGGAUUUGCACAACUCUUAACUUGAACAUAAGGUUUUCAGCAUUAGUAUCUAUGCUAACCACUUUUUUUUUUACCAUGAAAGCUUGGAUAAUAUUUACAAUUUUUCAACAUUUAACUGCACAAACAUUGCUUAAGAGUUAAAGGUAAUCUUUGAUGAAGUAAUCUUUUCAACUUCAAACUUGAGUAGACAGAUAAAAAAAAACUCCAUAAUUCAGAGCUUUAUAUACAUUCAUUACAUAACUCAACAGAUGGGGGCAAUAUUUUGUUCUGGACAGACUUAAGUUUGAGUGUUUUUAUAUCCCUCAACUGCAUGUAAACUGCUGACUGUGUGUAGUAAGUAGUGAAAAAAGGAAUUGUCUUUUCUUUGUAGGAGAUGAUGUGAUGUAAGGGUUUUUGUAACUAUUUUAGAAGCAAAAUGAUUAAUAGUGCAACCAAGUGCUGUGGGAACACCAAAGAUCCUAUAUACAGUAAUAAUAAAAAUAAAAAAACAGGAAACUUUGGAAAAAAAAAAGCUUGUCUUUGAUUCAU